AUGGUAAAGAAUACAGGAAGUGCGCGCCUGUCUGCGAAAAUACUGUGCAUGGAAAGUGUGCAGACAUCAGGAAAGAAAACCUAUCGUCGUUAUGACGUCCACAGCUUAGCAGCUAUAAAGGCCCUGAAUCAACGAUCAUUAAUUAUCUCUCGGUCAACUUAUCCUUCUUCUGGACGCUACGUUGGACACUGGCUCGGCGAUAACAAAAGUAUUUGGGAUGAUUUAUAUCGAUCGAUCAUUGGAAUGCUGGAAUUUAAUACUUUCGGAAUACCAUACAUAGGUGCUGACGUCUGCGGAUUUGAAGGAAACGCUACAAAUGAGCUGUGCACCUGCUGGAUGCAGCUAGGAGCUUUCUACCCUUUCUUCCGAAAUCACAACGCAUUGAAAAAUAAGGAUCAGGAUCCAGUCGCUUUAGGAGAAGACGUAACAGCCGCCUCCAGAAGAGACGUCCGCCGCAGAUACGCUCUGAAUCCUUAUCUGUACACGUUGUUCUAUCGAGCCCACAUAAGUGGGUCAACUGGCCUCAUCUUCCCCGUUCCUCUCCAGAAAAGCAAAGAUCUUGGAAUUAGUUAUAGUCGUCAAGAGAAAAAGAUCGGCGAUUACAUUGAAAUAAACGACAUCUUUGACAACAUUCCUCUUCACGUAAGAGGCGAAUGCAUUAUUCCUACAAAGGACAACAAGCAGAAGAAACCGAAUCCUGAAAAGUGA